UUAAGCCCAAAAUCUAGAACUAGUUGUGAAGUAAAUAUAAGUUGGUAAGAGAGAGAGAGAGAGAAAAAGAACAGCCCGGACCCUUAAAUUUAAUUGGUGUUUCCUCUCUCGUAUCAAAAAGUUUACUCUCCCUGUCACUCAAUCUCAAAAGCUUUUUCUCCGGUCUUAAAGUCCCCUCUGUCUCUUAUUUAUCUGUCCAUACCACCUUCUUUUUGCAGCAAAUCUAACUUUUCCCAUUUAUUGUAAUCUCUUCUUGAGGGUUUCAUUUUUAAUUCAGAAGGAAAAAAUGACGACUACUUCUGUGAAGAACAACGUGUUACCUCCUGGCUUGGUUAGCAAUCUCCAGGAAGUUCUUCUUACUAGAAAAGGAGGAAACAACGGCAGCAGCAACAACAACGAUGAACAACAAAAGGAUGAUACUUUUGGUGGUGAUUCUACUGAGCCAUCUACUUCUACUUGUAAUGAAAAGGCUGCUGAUGAAAACGACAGCUCUAAGCCUGUCGUUUUGGUUACCAACGGGGAAGGAAUUGAUUCCCUUGGCCUUGUUUAUCUCGUUCAAGCUUUGGUCCGUUCAGGCAUCUACAAUGUCCAUGUUUGCGCCCCUCAAUUGGACAAAUCUGUUUCGAGUCAUUCCAUGACUGUCCGAGAAACAAUUACUGUUACUCCAGCAGAAAUAGAUGGUGCCACAGCUUAUGAAGUAUCAGGGACUCCUGUGGAUUGUGUCUCCUUAGCAUUGUCUGGGGCGCUGUUCUCAUGGUCAAGGCCAAUGCUGGUAAUUAGUGGAAUCAACCGGGGAUCAAGCUGUGGUCAUCACAUGUUUUACUCAGGUGUUGUGGCUGGAGCUAGAGAAGCAUUAAUUUGUGGUGUACCAUCAUUGUCAAUAUCGCUGAACUGGAAGAGGGAAGAAAGCCAAGAAAGUGAUUUUAAAGAUGCAGUUGCUGUUUGUUUACCCUUAAUAAAUGCGGCCAUUAGAGAUAUUGAAAAGGGUGUUUUCCCUAAGAGUUGCUUUCUAAGUAUAGAAAUUCCUACUUCUCCUUCUGCAAACAAGGGUUUUAAAUUGACCAAGCAAAGUGUGUGGAGAUCUGCUCCAAGUUGGCAAGCUGUUUCAGGUAAUCGGCAUCCUUCUGCUGCACAUUUUAUGUCAAAUCAUCAACGUCUUGGGAUCCAACUUGCACAGCUUAGCCGAGAUGCAUCUGCUGCUGGUGCUGCUCGCCGCUUGACCACACAAAGGAAUAAUGUGGAGAUAGAGUCUGUUGGGGCUGUUAAAUCUGAUGCAAAUAAAGUGAAAAAGUGCUUCCGAAUGGAGUUUGUAGAUAAAGAACAGGAAGACACAGACGAGGAUUUGGAUUUCAGGGCACUUGAUAAUGGAUUCAUUGCAGUAACUCCUUUAUCGCUUUCCCCACAAAUUGAAUCAGACGUCCAAACAGCUGCGUCAGAUUGGAUCUCAGGCAUGCUUCAAGGAGAGCAAUAGAACCUUGGAACCAACAUAAAAUUUUAGUCAGUCAUUUGUAUACAGCUGCAGGAGCUAUUACGUUUUGUCAUCAAUUGAUUUGUGCUUUAUUAUUCCCUUUUCUUUUCUUUUUUUUUUAAAGGGGGUUUUAAACAUCACUAAGUUGGGUAUCUUGGUUUAAGGGAAUAGCCUGGUCUAAAUUAUAUGA